AUGAAUGAUGCAAGCAGCGCCAGCCGCGAGCCAAGAGGCGCUGAAAGAUCGCGACCCUCAGUGGACAAACCCCAUCCUUCUGAAUUCCUCGAAUUUGUCAACGCUGCCGACCCCAUUCCAACUCGGCUGGAGCCUCUAAGGAUACAUCCUGAGGUCAGUGUCGCGAAAGAUCCCAAUGAAAGUCGAAUCAAUAUCACUCGGUCCAACGAUGACCUCUUCCACGGCCUCUCCGCUGCCAUUCCAGGCCUGCGGCGCUUGUCUGUCGAGGCUCGAGCCGCCACAAAAGCCGAACAUGCCAUGACCUUUGUAAAAGCUUGCAAGUUAUAUCCGAAAGCCAUGGCUUGGUCUGCGCUGUUGAGUAUGACCAUCGUCAUGGAAGGCUACGAUACCACCUUGAUCAAUAGCUUCUAUGCCUUUCCCAUCUUCCGCCGCUCUUAUGGUGUACCAUUGAAGCCCGAGGCUCCUCCAGGCCAAAAGGAUUUCCAGAUAUCACCGGCAUGGCAAACGGGGCUCACAAAUGCAGCGGUGGCUGGCGAGAUCCUUGGUCUCAUGCUGAACGGCUUCCUAACGGACCGCUUCGGAUACCACAAGACGAUGGUGGGCACUCUGCUUUGGAUGUCCUUGUUCGUGUUCCUGGCGUUCUUCGCGGUCAACAUCAAGAUGCUCGCUGCUGCCCAGGUUCUCUGCGGCUUGCCGUGGGGCGUGUUUCAAACCCUCAGCACUACCUACGCUGCGGAAGUCAUGCCAAUGGCUUUACGAGCCUAUCUGACCAGCAACGUGAACAUGUGCUGGCUUAUCGGCCAGCUAUGCGGCGUAGGCGUCAUCCGAGGUCUGAUCCACAACAACUCCGAAUGGUCGUACCGAAUCCCAUUUGGUCUGCAAUGGGCGUUCAGUGUACCCAUCCUCAUCGGGGUACUGUUUGCCCCAGAGAGCCCCUGGUGGCUAGUUCGACAUGAGAAGAUCAGUGACGCGAAAAGAUCAUUGUUGCGGCUGACCACCGAACGCGCAGAUCCCGACUUCAACGCUGACGAGACAGUCGCGAUGAUGCAGCAUACCAACGAAGUGGAGAAGUACCUGAACGGCGGCGGCGUCUCAUAUCUAGACUGCCUCAAAGGGAACGACCUCCGUCGCACCGAGAUUUGCUGCAUGGUAUGGUGCACGCAAGCAUUAUGCGGCAAUGCCAUGACCGGGUACGCCGCCUAUUUCUACGAACAGGCCGGCUUCAACACUGCCAACAGCUUCAACCUCGCGGUCGGCAUGUACGCCGGAGCAAUCUGCGCGGGCGUCCUGGCUUGGGUGGGCAUGCGCAAGAUCGGCCGCCGGACGCUAUACCUGGGAGGCCUGUCGGUUUCUCUGCUUCUGCUGAUCGUGACCGGCAGCGUCGGCAUACCGAAAGCGACCGCCGGCACUUCUUGGGCCUCGGGGUCGCUGUUGAUCGUCUUGACCGCCGUCUACGACUUCACCGUAGGUCCUGUCUGCUACGUGCUCGUGGCCGAGAUCCCGUCCUCGCGCCUGCGAGUCAAGACCGUCGUCCUCGCCAGGGUCGCGUACAAUCUCGUCAGCAUCGUCACCAACGUCGUCACGCCGCGCAUGUUGAAUCCCUCCGCCUGGGACUGGAAGGGGAAAUCGUGUUUCCUGUUCGCCGCCACAACCCUGGUCUGUCUGGUCUGGUGCUGGUUCCGCCUGCCCGACCCGUUUGGCUUGACUUACAUGGAGCUGGACAUCCUGUUCGAGAAGAAGGCAAAAGCCACCAAGUUCAGGCAGUUCCAGGUCAACCUGGCAAGCACCGGCUACUUUAGUCUCACCCCUGCCAGGUCCGACAGUAUGUGGAGAGGAUAUCGAUAG